AUGAAAGCUGACAGAGAAAAGAGAAGGGCGAUCAGCCGCGAUGCAGCGCGGAGCAGACGGAAGAAAGAGGCUGACGUGUUCACAGACCUAUCGCACCUCCUGCCGCUGUCGCCCGACUUGGUGGCUCACCUGGACAAGCCCUCGGUCCUGCGUCUGACAAUCAGCUACAUGCACACCAGCACGUUGCUCACAGACUAUACUGCCGGUAGCUGUACGUCUUGGAGGGACCCGGGGAGUUACCGAUGCGCGUGGUCUGUGGGGGAGGAGGAGGAGGGUCUGAAGAAGAGCAGAGAGGCCAAGCUGAGGAGCUGGGGGCUGACCGAGGGGGAGGCUGAGCUUUACCUGGGGGUCUCCGAGGGCUUUCUGCUGGUGGUCUCCACCAAGGGAGACAUGGUGUUUCUGUCUGAUAAUGUCUCCAAGCACCUUGGCCUGACUCAGGUGGAUCUGAUUGGACACAGCUUGUAUGACUUUUCCCAUCCUUGUGACCACAAAGAAAUUGGAAAUAACCUCCGCACAUCAGGGGACUGCUGUUGGGCUGUCGAGAGAGACUUUGUCAUGAGGAUGAAGAGCACUUUGACACACAGGGGGAGGACCACCAACAUCAAGUCUGCAUCUUGGAAGGUCCUUCACUGUGAGGGCCGCAUGAAGGCGUGCAUGUCCUCCUCCUUCCCCUACUUCUCCUCCACCCCCUCCUCCACCUCCUACCUCCUCCUGAGCUGCAAACCCCUGCUGCUCUGCCACCGGCUGGUCAUGACACACACCUUCACCAGCCAGCACCGCCUGGACCUGCGCUUCACGCGCUGCGACAGCAGGGUGAAGGCCCUGUUGGGCUACAGUCCUGAGGAGCUGCAGGGCCGCUCCCUCUACCAGCUGUGUCACAUGCUGGACACGAGCCGCCUCAACAGUAGCCACCGCAACCUGCUGUCUAUGAGCCAGUCGGUGAGCGGUCAAUACAGGAUGCUGGUGCGGGGCGGGGGCUACGUGUGGGUGGAGAGCCACAGCGCCCUCCUCAGGCCCGCGUGCCCCAGAGUCUCCUCCCAGUGCUCCGGCCAGAGCUCCAUCCCGCCUUCCUGUAUCUUCUCCAUCACCUACAUCCUCAGGUAGGAGAACAGCUUCAUCAUCCCAAUCGCCACCCUGUUUAAAAACAAAGGUAGGGUUGUAUGCGAAAACACCUGGGGAAAAGAACAUGUGAAAAGCAUUAUGGGUCCGUCAAUUUUGGUAUGGCAGUGCACCAGUAUGGCCACAACUAGUCAGUGAUUGAACAUGCUGGUGCUGUGACCGGCAUCAAUAAAACCCCUGUGUGUGUGUGUGUGUGUGUGUGUGUGUGUGUGUGUGUGUGUGUGUGUGUGUGUG